CUUCGUGUGGGUUGGGGACGUGAGUCGGGCUGCGGCAGGAUGUACGCCAAGAGCUCCCACCUCAAGGCCCGCUGCCGUCGGCACAGCGAGGAGAAGCCCUACCCGUGUGCUUGGCCCAGCUGCGGCUGGCGGUUCUCCGGCUCAGAUGAGCUCUCCUGGCACAAGCGCUCCCACUCCGGUGUCAGGCCGUACCGGUGCGCCGCCUGCGAGAAGAAGUUUGCCCGCAGCGACCAUUUAGCCACGCACGUGAAGAUCCCCUGGGGCCAGCCGGCAGCCAGCGGACGCUUCGGGGAGGCAGCAGGAGUUAGGUCUGGAGGCUGA